AUGGAGGCUGCUUGGCUUAAAGAGACGGUCAAACAAAGGGGAACCCAAGCCCUCAGUCGGAGGGAACUCUGGACUACCAAGAGAGUCUUUUUCCUUACACCUCAGAUAAUGGUGAAUGAUCUUUCUCGUGGGACAUGUCUUGCUGUAGAGAUUAAAUGUUUGGUUAUUGAUGAAGCCCACAAAGCCCUUGGAAAUCACGCCUACUGUCAGGUUGUAAGGGAACUAAGCAAAUAUACAAAUCAAUUUCGGAUCUUGGCCCUAAGUGCCACACCAGGCAGUGACACAAAGGCUGUGCAGCAAGUUAUUUCCAACUUACUCAUUGCUCAGAUAGAACUGUGUGCUGAAGAUUCUCCGGAAAUUCAGCCUUAUUCUCAUGAGCGACACGUGGAAAAAAUUGUUGUUCCACUUGGUGAAGAGUUGGUAGAAAUUCAGAAUGCUUACAUCCAGGUGCUAGAAACAUUUGCUGGACGCUUGAUUAAAAUAGGAGUUUUAGCAAGACGGGAUAUUCCCAGCCUUACAAAGUACCAGAUAAUUCUAGCAAGAGAUCAAUAUAGAAAAAACCCGUCUUCACAAAAUGUGGGAAUACACCAAGGCAUAAUUGAAGGAGAUUUUGCACUUUGUAUCAGUUUAUAUCAUGGUUAUGAACUGCUGCUUCAAAUGGGAGUACGGUCAUUAUUUAUCUACCUUUUUGGAAUUAUGGAUGGAUCAAAAGGGUUAACCCGCACAAAGAAUGAACUGGGUCGUAAUGAGGACUUCAUGAAGCUAUAUCAGCAGCUUAGAGACAUGUUUUCGGACACAUCUCUGGCUUCAGCGAAUGGAAAUAUUUACAAGAUUUUUGAAAAUAAAAAGGAGUUUAUCUACAGCCAUCCAAAAUUAAGGAAAUUGGAGGAAAUUGUAAUAGAACACUUCAAAUCCUGGAAAAAGGGAUUCACGAUGGAAAGAACAUCUGUGGACGCUGUGGAUACCAGAGUGAUGAUCUUCUCAUCGUUUCGAGAUAGUGUGCAAGAAAUUGCAGAAAUGCUUUCCCGGCUCAGUCCGGUUGUUAGAGUAAUGACAUUUGUUGGCCAUUCCACAGGAAAGAGCACAAAAGGCUUCACACAAAAGGAACAACUUGAGGUGGUAAAACGCUUUCGGGAAGGUGGGUAUAACACUCUGGUCUCUACCUGUGUUGGGGAAGAAGGCUUAGACAUUGGAGAAGUUGAUCUCAUCAUCUGCUUUGACGCUCAGAAAAGUCCAAUUCGCCUUGUGCAGAGGAUGGGCCGAACAGGGCGCAGGCGGCAAGGCAGGAUCGUUGUCAUCCUCGCCGAAGGGCGGGAGGAACGGACUUACAAUCAAAGCCAGUCUAACAAAAGGAGCAUCCACAAAGCUAUUUCAGGAAACAAAACACUUCAUUUUUACCAGCAUAGCCCACGUAUGAUUCCAGAAGGCAUAACUCCAAAGUUGCAUAAAAUGUUUAUUACUGCUGAAAAAUAUGAACCAAGCAAUUCAAGAAUGCUUUCCAAAGAGAGAAGAUCUAGUUCCCUUCAGCAUAAAUCUGCUCUCUUUUCCUGUGUCACCGGCCAAAGGCAAAUACCCUGUCAUGAGAAUUGGUCUCUGUCGCCUGAGGAAUUUGAAAUAUGGGAGAGACUUUACAGGAUUAAGGAAAGUGAUGGAGUAAAGGAACCGAUAUUGCCUCAAAUUCAGUUUGAAACCUUAGAAAACCUGGAAGAAAAGCGUGAAGAGGAGGCAACUCAUGAACUCUCCUUGUCUGAAUGGAGAAUUUGGCAGAACCGUCCUUUUCCUACAUCCAUGGUUGAUCACUCAGAUCGUUGCUACCAUUUUAUCAGUGUUAUGGAGAUGAUAGAACUGAUGAGACAUGAACAGGGAGAUUGCAGCUAUGAACUGGAGAUUCAGCCUCACUUACGCAUUGAAGAUGUCAAUGUUCAAAGGAAUAAAAGUCAUUUUUCCAUCACCAACUCCGCAGUUGAUCAGAAAGCAUGCUCAUCUAGAAAAGACAUGGUGCACAGAUCAAAAGUAAAACCAUUUUUACUCAAUACAAAUGAUAAUGGGAAUGAAUUCUUUACCACAUUUAAAAUAACAAAAACAAAGGGUCCCAAAAGAACUUCUGAACUGAAUUUAGAAGUACCUGGGUUGCCUACAGAUAGUAGUGCUUCGGCUUCUUCCCCAGCAAGAAGGCUUGCUGUGGUUGAAGAUACUGACCAGAGCAGUCAAAAGGAUGAGGAACUCAAGGUGACAUUUGACUUAAAUGAAUUUAUUGACCUAUGUGACAACAGUGAAAGUACUAUAAUUCAUGAAAGCGCAGCGAUAAAGGAAUACAAAACUGUAGAUAAAGCUUGUAGGUCACUGGGGACGAACCACACAGAUUUGGGUUAUAGUAGCUUCACAGUUGAGAAAUCACCUGUGUCUUCUGACUUAUUUUAUCUUCCUGAGUCAUACGUGGAUUCAUUAGCACUUGUGGGACCAUCUGAGGAGCCUUCUUGGUUAAAACAAAUACUUUCCAAUGUGAAAAGGCUUUUAUCACAGUCUCCUCCCUCUUUGAAUGAACUUUAUGAUUUUGAAAACAGGAUGAGAAACGAAGAAACAACACGUCCUUUUCAAAACGUUAUUUCUGGUUAUUCAGAGAGACUGCAGGACAAAGGCGUUCCUGUGUCCUCAGAAGCUGAUCGCUCGCUGCUGCUCUUUGACAAUGCUGAACUGAAAGUCGCCAAUGAAUUGUGUGCUUCUGUACGUACCUGUUUGACAAAAAGCAUAUCAUCUUCCGAGACUGCUGCUGUUAAUGCCAAAGGGGAACUUCACUGCGAUGACAGCUUUGAUAGUCUGUUUGACAAUGAAGAAUUCACUGAAAUUCAAAUAAAAACUACAACAAUAAAUCACACUCUGACAAAUAACCCUUCAAAGAACAACAAGCGUUCAGUCAGGUCAGAUCCAGGCGAGAGUGUUGUUAGGCCAGUUGCAGCGCAAGGCUCCGCGGGGUUUCCUUCCGAGGUGUUCUGCAUCAACGCUGACAAAGCCUGCAAGGAGCAGCCCAUGAGCAGUAAAACCCCGGCCAGGGAAGUGUCGGGUGAUAUUAGGGUGACCGAGCAGUCUCUGGAUGAUGAUGAUCUUUACGACUGUUCUCAAGAACUAUUUUCCGUUCAUUUUGAUCUGGGAUUUUCCAUCGAAGAGUAUGAGAAUGAAAUCUCUGAAGAAAAUAUAAAUACUAAUAACACUGGAAAAUUAAACAGUGCCUCGGAGAGUCAUGCAGAUGUUAAAUCCACUGAAAAUAAUAAACAAACCCUGAAUGAUAGAUCCAGACUUGAAACAUCACCAAAAUGGAAUUAUAGAAAUCUUGAGAGAAGAGACAUUUCCACACCGUUGCCCUUCCAGAGUCGGAGCGUGAACGCUGGAGAAGGGACUGAGGGCGCCACCACUGCAGGGCCUUCCUUGAAGUCAGGAGACAGAAGAACGGGAAGUGGAUCACCUGAAGCUUUGGCUUCCGCACUUUCUACCCCAACAAGUAGAAAGGUUAGGAAUAUUGUAGCUGUCAAAAGAAUUCCUAUGAAUGUCUUCUCUAGUGCCGGGGAGGAAGUUCUAGAGGUGCCUCUUACAGAUCAAGUAAAUAAAAUCCCACAUAGGCAGAACUGUGGGAGUUCAGCCAUGGAUGCACUUGAUUCACCGUUAGGAAGAACUGAAAACCUGGAAGACGCCAACCUUCGUAGUUCACACGUGUCUCCUGCUGACGGAACCAGCAGUGAGAGCGAAGAAGAGAUUGUUUUCCAGAGAAAAAAUUGGAAAAAAAAGAAUGUUUUGAAGUCUCCUGAUGUUAUGAAUGAUAGUGAUUUUGAAUCGCCGAUUCGUGCCGUCAGAAAACGUCGACACCCACUUAGCAUGUCAGACAUGUCCAGUGAUGACAGCAUGGAUUUUCACAAGAACUCCAGUAGGACCACCAGUAGCAGCUCAGCAGCACAUAAGAAACAGCUGAGAAGUACGAAACGGCAAAAGGUGAAGAACAAUUUUACGUACAAGAAUGCAGCAAGACAGUUUUUAGAUGAAGAAGCUGAGCUGUCCCAGCAAGAUGCAGAUGGUGUGUCAUCUGAUGAGAGUGACGCAGAGAACGAGCUGAACUCUUCACUUGCUCAGUUCCUGAAUGACGAUGUGGAGGUCACCCAAGUGUUAAACGACUGUGAGAUGAAAGGAGUUUACCUGAAAUCUGUGCGUAGUCCAGCUCUUGGCAAUAGAUACAAAAUGGUUCACCGUGACUUCAACAGCAUGGCAAUUUUCUCACAGAUUCCUGAGCAAGACCAGACUUAUGCAGAAGACAGUUUCUGUGUCAGAGAGGAGGAAGAGGAAACUUGCAGAAAAAGUGAAUCUAGUGAGGAGGAAGUGUGCGUUAAUUUUGAUCUCCUAAAUGAUGAGAGUUUUACUAGUGGGAAAAAACAAUACCUCACUCGCCGCAGAAAAAAAUUAAACCAGGCCAGGAUGGAAGACAACUAUUCUAUCCCAAUGCAAAAGAGGAAACCGUCCCGAAUUAUUGUUCUCAGUGAUUCCAGUGAAGAAGAAACAAGUGUCAGCCAUGAAAAGCCCAUGAAAACAGAGUGUUCCAGGGCAGAACAGGAAAAUACUAAGUUACCCAAGUCAUUGCCUGCAGUCUCUUCUGCACAGCACAAAAACAUUGCUGGGGAAACUAGUGUUCCUCAGUCUGUGGAGAGUAAGGGCGAGAUGCUUCUCGGCUUGAAAGCUUCAGUGUCUGAAACGCUGGAUUUUCACCCAGCCCAUCGAGUCAGGAGCACACGCUUUCCACCACAUCUCACUAGUUCUGAUUCGGGGAAGGAGCAUCUCCAGGCUCCCACUGAGGUGGAAAGUUCUUUGAAGAACACAUGCAGGAGCCCUUCAGUUCCACCUCGCUCAGCUUCCACAAACCCCUCUUCAGCAACAGCUCUGUUUUCUCGUGACCCUGUGGAGAAGAGACCUCCACUCUGUGUCCUGGUUGACAGCCGUGAGAUCUCCUCUGGCGCAGAGGUGAUUUCUUCCCUGAAGGCCGUUCAUGGAGUGAAGGUGCAGGUUUGCUCGCUGAGCAGCAGCGAUUACAUCGUCAGCAACCGCAUGGCCGUGGAAAGGAGAUUCCUGUCGGAAUUGCUGAACUCUGGGAACAGGAGUAAAGUCACCCAGCGGAUCCAGCGCCUGCAGAGCAUGUUUGAGAGAAUAUGUGUGAUUGUGGAAAAGGACAGGACUAAAACAGGAGAAACGACACGAUUUUUCCAGAGGACACAGUACUACGAUGGUGUGCUGUCAGCCCUGGUCCAGGCUGGGGUCCGGAUUCUCUUUAGCUCUUGCCAAGAGGAAACAGCCGGUUUGCUGAAAGACCUGGCUUUGGUGGAGCAAAGAAAAGACGCCGCCAUUCGCGUGCCAACGGAGGUGGAGGGUCACAAACGGGAAAUGCUCAACUUCUACCUGAGUAUCCCUAAUCUCAGCUACCUGGCUGCUCUCAAUAUGUGCCAUCACUUUCACUCGGUGAGGAAGAUGGCCAACAGCUCCCCACUGGACAUCGCCACCGGUGCCCAGGUCAGCCUGCAGAAGGCGGAGGAAAUCUACCGCUACCUCCACUAUGGGUUUGACGCACAAAUGCUGCCCAAGGACCUCUGCGCUAAGGGGAGAAGCAACACAGCUGCCAAGAGCUGA